CUGAAAACAGUCAAGUGUCAAAUGAGAGGCACAGAAUUUAAUGAGAAUCAAAUAAGUUAAAUAUUAAUUUAAUUAUAUAGUUCAAAGUAUUAUGUAACACUAUAAAGAAGAAUAACUUAUUAUUUUUAAUUUAGUAUUUCCAUUUACUAUAAAUAGGUAAUUUAUUUUUACAUUAAUAGUAGUUUGAUCAAGUUAUUAAAAGCGGCCUAAAGUUCUAACAACAUAUUACACAGAAAUGUCACUAACACGAGCAGCAGGCUUAGUAAUAUAUAGAAAAACAAAUGACAUAAUACAAUUUCUUUUACUACAAACUUCAUAUGGAGAACACCACUGGACUCCUCCAAAAGGUCAUGUUGAUCCAGGAGAAUCUGACUGGGUGACUGCAUUACGAGAGACUAAGGAAGAGGCUGGUUUAUCAGAAGAUGAUUUAGAGAUACAUAAAGACAUUUCUCAUACUCUUAAUUACCAAGUGAAGGGUAAUCCAAAAGCUGUUGUGUACUGGUUGGCCAAAAUUAGGGAUCCUAAUCAAAAGGUCACUCUCUCGGAUGAGCAUCAGGAUUUGAAGUGGCUUCCAUUGAAGGAAGCUCAAGAAAUAUCAGGCUUUGAAGAUAUGAAAAAGUUACUAGCUGAAUUUCACGAGAAAGCUUUAAAAAUUGUGUAAAUGUGUUUUUUUUCUGUUUUCAAGUGUAAUAAAA